AUGUCAGAUUGGGAUACAGUAACGAUUAUCGGUCAAAAGGCUAGAGUUGGAGGUGGAGGUCCAAGAGAAAAUGUUGCAAGAACACAGGCUCAGUUGAACGCUGCAAGAAGACAAGGAUUAGUUGUUGGUACUGAAAAGAAAUAUGGUUCAGCCAAUACCAAGUCAAAUCCUGAAGGGCAAAAAUUGACCAAGUUGGACGCUACAGAUGAUGUAGUGGCUGUGAAGAAAGUCGACUCUAGUGUCGGGAAAGCCAUUCAACAAGCCAGACAAGAAAAGAAGUUGACGCAAAAGGAUUUGGCUACAAAGGUAAAUGAAAAACCAAAUGUUAUUAAUGACUAUGAAGCUGGUAGGGCUAUUCCAAACCAGCAAGUUUUGGGUAAACUAGAGCGUGCAUUGGGUGUCAAAUUAAGGGGAAAGAACAUCGGCGAGCCUUUGUUUGCAAAAAAGUCAUAA